AUGUCACUACCGCAAGAACAAAUGCCAACUAAUGAUAAUAACGACAAUACCAACAACCUGAUAAAUACAGAAUACAAAUUACAUCAAAUGAGAUUGAAUAAUCAACACCCACUACCACCACCACAAUCUUCUAUUUGGUCCGCUGAACACGGAACUACGUUAACAUCACCGAUACAAAUCAAAUUGGAACCGGUCGAUGGAUUUAUAAAACAAGAGACGCAUGACAAUGAAAAUACAACAAAGCCGAUUCUAAUCAAUCCGAAACAAUUCAACAGAAUUUUGAAGAGAAGAAUUGCAAGAGAAAGAUUUGAAAAGGCGCAUAAUCUUUCCAAACAAAGAAAGCCAUAUAUUCAUGAAUCUCGGCAUUUACACGCAAUGCGCCGUCCUCGUGGACCAGGUGGUCGAUUUUUGACUGCCGAAAAGACAGCUGAAUUGGAAAGACAAGAAAGAAUCCGAAAAGAAUCAUUGGAUUCGGGAAAUAGCAAUGACAUUUCCGUUGUUUCCUCCGCGACAAAUUCUCCAAAUUUAAGCGAUGACGUUUAUUACACAAACACCAAUGUCGCAAUCGCUCCGGCGAUAGCCACUGCAGCGUCAUCGGCUACGCAAAAUAACAAUCAUCUUCACUGGGAUAACAAUACAUUAGUAAACUACGCUGAAAACGAUCGAAAAAAUCGUUGGACAAAUACCCGAACUUUGACAAAUACCCGAUUUCAUCCUUAUAAUGAUGCGUCAAAUUUUCACCAGCAUAAUGGUCAUUAUGCACCAACAUCCAUGAUAGAAGUCAAUAAUUCAUUAAUCUCAGAAGGAGGGAAUCGAUCGAAUUUUGAAGGUGCAAUAAUGGGUGUGGCUGAAUUGAAUUCGACGACGGCAGCAUCUUCUCAUUAUAAUCCAACUCACAUAACGCGCACAACCGGCUUAUGGUCGUCCUCUUUAGAAAACCGUCAGACUCACUAG